UCAUGGAGAUAUCAAAGAUGCUAGUACUUUAAUGCGAAGAUGCUUCAAUAUAGAGUAUCUUGACUUUAAUGGGGUUAUGUCUUUGCAGAAUGAUGUAUUAAUUAUAGCUAUUAUCAAACGAUCUCUGAAUUUAAGAUAUUUAGAGAUCAGUCAUAAUAAUAUUGGUGAUGAGGUUAUUGAAAUGCUGGCUUAUACAUGUUAUAAAUUAAAGCAUUUUGAGCUAGAUAGUUGUUCAUUUGUUAGCGAACUAUUA